AUGGUGUGGCGAUCGCUAUCUACGCCAUCAUCAGCUGUGCGCCUUCUUCAUACUGCCGCUUUCAAGCCUACAUGUAUCUGCCUAGAUGAAAACUAUCGCAUCAUCAAUAAGGCACAACACACGUAUCAUCCCCGCGGUUAUGAAAACUCGCAGGGCUACUUGCGCGCCCGUAAGCCAUACGCUGUGCGGAAUGCACUGACAUUCCUUGCCUUGGCCUCAUUUGUCGGCGGAGUAUAUGCAUACUCUAUCAUGAUGGUGGAACAAGAUGACUUCUCAGACCUGGAGAGCUUCCGUGUCAUUCCUGAUGCAAAGAGUGACAUCGACAGCAUUGUUGCAACGGAGGAGCCAGUGCAGACGCCAGACAAGACCAUCCCGCCUUCAUGGACACACUCGCUGAAAAACCGCGUAUCGAGCCUCUGGUCCUCGGCCGGCGUGGCCAAGCCGUCGUCCCCUGUCGUAGUGGCACCGUCGGACCCUACCGCCGGCCCUACGAUGAACAAGAAGGCCAUUUAA